AAAUGUCAACUGCGGAGCAAAGAAUGGACACCUCAGAGGUAGAACUCCCGAACGAUAAUGUAAACGAACAAGGAAAUAAGACACCACGAGCUGAUCAGCCAGAGUCGAGUGCUUCGGGUGCUCGAAAUCACGGAGAAGACGAAGAGGUUACCGAACAAGUUGAACUUGCUGCCAUGGAAACUGAAGCAUCAGACUCUAUCGUCGACAAUGUUCCCAAAACUCCCCGGAGAGCUGGACGCCCAAAAAAAUUACCAUCUACUUCUACUGCUGCCGCAGAGUCUGCUGUAACUCCAGGCAAAAGAGGUAGAAAACGUAAGGGUAGUGAAUCAGUAAACACCACUAUUAAUAGUACGAUGAACUCGACCCUUAAUGAGCCUAAAACUCCAGGACGGAAACAAGCUAAGUUGGUUGCACCACUUCUAACUUAUGACCUGUUCGCUCCUUCUAUUAUUGGCGAUCGAGUUUUGUCGUGCGGAGAAGGAGAAGCUCUGGGUCACCCAGGAAGAACCACCACAAAAAAGCCACGGAAAGUUGAUAUUUUUGAAGAAGAAGGUUUAAAACCACUUCAAGCCGUCGCAGGAGGAGUUCACUCAGCAGUACUUACCUCUGAGGGUGAAGUUUAUAUGUGCGGUAUCAACGAAAAGGGAACUGUUCCCGCGGAAGGUGUAGAGAAGGAAGGAAGUACCGACGAGUUUGCGAAAGUAAAGUUCGAGGAAGAUAUCGAGAAGGAAGGAAAGAUUGUAAUGCUAGCCGCUGGAGCCUCGUUUACCGCUGCUCUCACUGAUCAAGGAUCUGUAAUUGCCUGGGGAAAUCUUCGCAACUCCAAUGGAAACGUUGAUGUUCAUCCACUCCUUCAUAAGAUGCAAGAAGCGCCGGUGGUUAUUGUCCACCAAGCUAAACGUAAAAUUGUGAAGAUCGCAGCUGGCGAGAACCAUCUCGUGAUGUUGGAUGAGAAGGGCUGCCUUCUCACGUUCGGUGAUGGAGAAAUGGGACAGUUAGGACGCAGUAGUCGUACCAAAACUAUUCGUUCAAAGUACAUGUGCGAUGAAUCUGGUGAUCAUUUACUCGUGCCCCUCAGAUUUAAGCAUAAAGGAAAGUUCUUUGACGUUGUUGCUAAAAACGUGUUCGCCAGUGGAUUUUGGACUAUUGUCCACGGAGAAGACGGAAAAUACUACGCCUUCGGACUCAAUAACUAUGCUCAACUCGGUAUCAAAGUUGACGAAGCUGAUGUCGGACAAGACGGACAGGACAACCGCGAGCUUCGGGUUUUUCUUCCAGCAGAAGCCCCAGCUUUUGGAGCAGAAAGAACAUUCGUUAAUAUCGAAGGAGUCCAGCAUGUCGUCAUUCUCGGAAGUGAUGGAAAAGUGUUUGCUAUGGGAAAGAACACAGACAAUGCUCUCGGCCUCGGUAAUUGGACUGGAAAGGACGACCAACAGCAUUGGUUGUACGAUACAAUCCAGGAAAUAGAAUUCGAUUCGAAGAUCGUUGGUGUUUCUGCCAAACUAGCCACUUCUAUCGCCUGGUCUGAGGAUGGAACCGCCUACGCUUGGGGUUUUGAUACUACCGGACAACUUGGUCUCGGAUUGAAAGACGAAGACGAGAAGAUGGUGUCCAAGCCAGAGGAGAUCAGCUCCGCCCAUCUUGACGGUUAUUCGAUUAUCGGGGCUUCGAUUUCCGAUCAGCACACUUUGAUUAUUGCCAAGAAAAAUUAAAUUAUUUGGUUUUAUUCUCAACUUUUAUAUCAGUUUUGUUUUGUCUCUGUAGCAUUAUUUUGUUAUUUUUUCGUUUCCCGGUAGCCAAUUCGAUUGUUCUCCAGUAACAUUCUCAUCAAUUUUUCUGUUUUUUUUAUCAUUUCAUUUUUGUCAAGUAGCAUCAGUCAUGUAAGAAAGGGAUAGAGUUCCCUUCUGUGAAAAUGGAGAAUUGUUGAAACGUCGUUGCACAACGACGUUUAAACACUUCACUCUAUCCCUGGAUUGAUUUCCAACUUCUAUGUUUUCUCAAAACCCCCUAUUAGUUCUGCUAUAUAUUGGAAUCCAAAAAUUUUUCAUUUUUAGCCUGAGUUAUGUUGUUCUCUUAUCAUGUGAACUCACUGUUUUAUAAUCCGUUUCACCAUUUAUGGUAAACGUUUCCUGGAAGGACAAAUAAAUCAAUGGGUAUCUGUG